AUGUCCGGCCGUCCUGGCAUCGGUAAACGAUUCUCCCACGACAGAUUCACCAUCAUACCAGACUCUUCAGACUCGAAGAACUCCAAGGGCAUGCCAAACGACGCCACCAUUGACAUUCCUCUCACGGCCGUGCCUAGCGUGUCCCAGACCGGUGCCCGCAGGCCUGAGGACGGCGAACACUACUUUGAAAAAGACCAUGACGGCGCAGACGGAGGAGGAGGAGGAGGUGGUGGUGGUGGAGGAGAAGGAGAACGGUCAAUCGGUGGCCGUCGUCGAGCUCAUGGGCAUCAUGGAGACAGGACGGGCAGCUCAGACGAAGACGGGACGGUGACUCGUAUGGGCCGUUUCUACAACAAGAUCCUCAAUUUCUCUGUCGUUACGCGGUACUUCAUCUACGUCCUGCCUGUGGCAUUGCUGUUUGCUGUGCCCAUUAUCGUCGGGGCGUUGGCUGCACCCUCCGCCAGCAUUGGUGGUGUCCGCAUCGUCUGGUUCUUUGCCUGGGUUGAGAUCGUCUGGCUGAGCUUGUGGGUGUCCAAGGCAGUUGCUCACUAUAUCCUCUUCGUCUUUCAGUUCCUCUUUGGCAUCGUCAGCUCAGGGACGAGGAAGUACGCUCUCAUCCUCAGGGCGUUGGAGAUUCCGCUUUCCCUCGUCGGAUGGGCCAUCACCUCCCUCGCUACUUUUAUACCGGUGAUGACAAGGAACCCGGAUAACAUCAAGGAACCCAGUAUCAAGCCAUGGCAGACCGUAGUCAACAACCUGCUCUUUGCAUGCUUCGUCUCGUCUCUUAUCCUGGCCGCUGAAAAGGUCCUCGUCCAGCUGAUAUCAAUCUCCUACCACCGCAAGCAGUUCGAUACUAAGAUCAGAGAGUCCAAACGGAACGUCCACCUCAUCGGUAUGCUCUACGCCGCCUCCCGCAAGAUGUUCCCUGAGUACUGCAAGGAGUUCGAGAUGGAAGACUACAUUAUCAACGACUCCAUCAUGGGCAUAACCGGCAAGAAGAAGGGACACGGACGCUCUGGCUCGGCCUCCCCCAUGCGUCUUAUCCAGAAUGUUGGUCAGAACGUUGGUCGAGUAGGAGACAAGAUCACCGCCGCGUUUGGCCACGUCGCCCAUGAGAUCACCGGAAAGCAGGUCUUCAACUCGACCUCGACCCAUUCCAUCGUCAUUCUGGCACUGGAGAAGCGUAAGUCAUCAGAAGCCCUGGCCCGUCGUCUCUGGAUGUCGUUUGUUCUCCAAGGCCGAGAUGCAUUGUAUCUUGACGACUUGUACGAUGUCUUUGGACCAGACCACCGCGGUGAAGCAGAAGAGUGCAUGGCUGCCCUGGACAGAGACGAUAACGGAGACAUCAGUCUGGACGAGAUGAUUCUCACCGUCACCGAGUUCGGCAAGCAGAGACAGUCCAUGAGCAAGUCCAUGCAUGAUGUCGACCAGGCCAUCAACGUCCUAGACAACCUCCUCCUGGCCGUCGUCUUCAUCCUCGUCGUUUUGGUCUUCGUUGCUUUCCUCAACAAGGGAUUCGGCACUACUCUUGCCGCUGGAGCUACUGCACUGCUAUCCAUGUCCUUCGUCUUCGCUACUACCGCCCAGGAAGUCCUUGGUUCCUGCAUCUUCCUCUUCGUCAAGCACCCCUACGACGUCGGUGACCGCGUGCACAUCAACGAUAACGAGCUUAUGGUCGAACACAUCUCCCUCCUCUUCACCAUCUUCAGGGACAUCCGGAACCACAAGACCAUCCAGGUGCCCAACAUUGUGCUCAACACUCAAUGGAUCGAAAACGUCACUCGCUCCUCGGCCAUGCGCGAACAGCUUACUCUGACAUGCGACUUUGGUACUUCGUUCGGUGACAUCCAGCUUCUUAAACGUGAGAUGCAGACUUUCGUUCGUGCCAAGGACAACUCUCGCGACUUUGGUCCAGACGUCGACGUCGAAGUCUCCGGGCUAGGAGAGAUGAACAAACUUGAACUCAAAGUCGAAAUUCGACACAAGUCUAACUGGCACAACGAAGUCGUACGAGCCACCAGACGGUCCAAGUUCCUCUGUGCACUAGUCCUAGCUGUCAAGAAGAUCCCGAUCUACGGUCCAGGAGGCGGAGAUGCAGCUCUCGGCGACAUCUCUAAGCCAUCUUACUCGGUCUCCAUCUCUCACGAACAAGCCCAACACAGCAAAGAUGAAUUCGCAGCUAAAAAGGAAGCUAAACGCAUGAUUCCAACCGACCAGAUGGACGAAGCUCUCUCCGCUGAUCCCGCACCGUUAUCCCCCCAUCCUGGCGCUGGCCCUGCCGCCGCGGCAGCAGCCUCUGCUUCAGGUCUAACAUACCGCGGUUCAUCAGCCAGCAACAACACUGGCAUCCACUCGCCAAAUAUGAACCCGGAAGCAGCAUUCGCCAGUGCCCUCAACUCCCGACCGCCAAUGGAAAGUACCCCUUCGUCAGCAACAAUAACAAACGAGCAUCUCAUCCGUGGUCCCUCAACCGGCCAUAGACGCAUGAGCCAGAACCCCAACCUUUCGCCAAACAUGGACAGUCACAGUAGCCGUACAGCUGUAUCUUCCAACACGCCUGUAGCAGAAUAUCAAGAGUACGACUACGAGUACUCUAACAACCCCUUCAGGACCACCAGCCCCCACGAUCAAGGAUACAGUCAACAGCCUGGCUCUUCCAACCAGGCACAGGGCAAUGUCCACCCAGCGACCAUCAUAGCCAGGGGCCAGACACCAGGUCAAGGCCAGGGACCCCCGCGCGUAUAA